ACCCAGAUGGUGACAAGAUGAGGGAUAGUUCAGUGAGAUGGUGUUAUGUGCAACAAAGAGCAAUUACUGAACUGUAACGAAAUUGCAGUUGGGUGCAAUGUGCAAAUUCAUGACUGUUGAGAACAAGUGGAAGGCCAAAAAGGAGAGCAAAGAGAGUUAUAUAAUACAUACAAUGGCAGCAGCUAAUAGCUCAGAUCUGGUAACUGAUCCAAAACUCAUAUUCCGCUGUAAAAAAUGUCGAAGAAUUGUUGCUGCACAGGAGAAUGUGGUUAUUCACGAACGUGGAGAGGGUGAGAUAUGCUUUAAAUGGAAAAAGAGAUCUGGUGACCCCGGGGAAAGGGACAAGGAACCACCCGAGUGUUCAUCCAUAUUUGUAGAGCCCAUGAAGUGGAUGCAAACUGUUGAAGAAGGUAAUGUGGAAAACAAGCUGCAGUGUUUGGGUUGCAAUGCACGUUUGGGCUCCUUCAACUGGGCUGGGAUGCAGUGCAGCUGUGGGGCUUGGGUGACUCCAGCAUUUCAGUUACAUAAAAGCCGGAUAGAUGAAUGCCGUACAUGAAUUUCUGCCAAUGAUCACGUGUGGUAGCAAAGCAAUUUACUAAACUUCCAUGCAAAAACCAGUGAACAUGUGCUUACUGCCAAUAGCCUAUUAU